CAUCGCACUUCCGCAAAAUCAUUUCAGAUGCUGAACAGCCUUUAUGAGCAGCACAGUGACAGAGAGACAGGUGUGGCGCCGUAACCCGGAAACACGACAGAGCAAAACAACAGGAAUCUUCGUACUGAAGUCAUGGACAAGAACAUUCAACAGGAUUUUGAGAACCAGUUCAAUGAUGUGGUCUCAAGACUACAAUCAAAGAAGAUGUUUCAGUCAGAUUGGGACAUUGUGUCCUUUGCAGUUUUCUUCAUCUUUAUAGGCAUGGUCCUCUUGCUGGUUCUUUUGGUUCUCAUCCGCUGCUGCUGUUGCUGCUGCUGCGAUGAGAAGCCAAGAAGACAGAAGGUGGGCAUCGACAAUAUGGCAAUGGAGCCAUGAUUUUCCAGAAAUGAUGGGAACCACUACAUUCAAAUCACUCACAAAAUAACAAUUGUGUGAAUAGCUUUUUAUAUCACUUAUUCCACCUAAUUAUUAUUUAUACUUG